AUGUCGUUGGCAGGCUACAGACUAGGUUGCUGUCAGGGUCACAUCAGGGUCACCACCCUCUGCCUGCUGCUGGUGUUCAUCAUCGUUAGUACCAUGCUGCUUAUCGUGGACUAUUUCGCUGGUGCCGAGGUCCACCGGGGACCCUGUGGACCGGAGGACCCCCUGCCCCCAUCCCAGCCCGCGCACAGCCCACAGGACGGUCUGGCUCCCCCCGAGAACCCUGUAAGUUGGAAGAGACCCUGGGGGGUCGGGGCAGGGCUUUCGAAUCUGGGGACAACCUGCUACGUGAACGCGGCCCUGCAGUGCCUGACCUACACCCCGCCUCUGGCCAGCGCCAUGCUGUCCGGGCAGCACGGGGCAACCUGCCCGAAGCAGACAGCCUGUGUCCUGUGUGCCAUGGAGGCUCACGUGAUCCGGGCCCGCCUGCAUCCUGGAGACGUUAUCCAGCCCUCGCAGAGACUGCUCACUGGCUUCCACAGGCACAAGCAGGAGGACGCCCACGAGUUCCUCCUGUUCCUGCUGGACGCCAUGCAGCAGGCCUGCCUGCGUGGGCGCACGCCGCUGGACCGGCCCUCCGAGGACACCACCCUCAUCCGGCAGACAUUCGGAGGCUACUGGAGAUCUCGGAUCGAAUGCCUCACCUGCCACGGCGUUUCGGACACCCUGGACCCCUUCCUGGACAUCCCCCUGGACAUCCAGCGGGCUCAGAGUGUGACCCAGGCUUUGGGGGUGCUGGGGCAGCCCGAGAAGCUGGACGGGGCCGACGCCUAUGAGUGCAGCGUCUGCAUGGAGAAGGUGCCAGCCGCCAAGACGCUGACCCUGCACGCGGCCCCCCAGGUCCUCCUCUUGGUGCUGAAGCGGUUCUCGGACCCCACAGGCAGCAAGGUGCACAAGGACGUGCUCUACCCAGAGCGCCUGGACCUGCGGCCCCACCUGGGUCUGCGGAGCGCAGGGCCGCUGCUGUAUGAGCUCUGUGCCGUGCUGGUCCACGCCGGCCGGGCUUGUGACAGUGGGCAUUACUUCUGUUACGUCAGAGCCGGGGACAGCCGGUGGUUCCAAAUGGAUGACGCUCAGGUGACCGCCUGUGACGUUUCUUCUGCCCUGAGCCAACGUGCCUAUGUUCUCUUUUAUGUCCGCAAGAGUGAAGAGGAGGGCGACGCUGGGACUGCGUUCGUCUCGGGAGAACCCGGAGGCCGCGAGUCUGAGCGCAGAGUCAAGGGGUCAAGACAACGGGGACCUGAGAGUCACUCCAACCUCGCGGGUCCUGUGCUGGAGGAGCCUGUGCAAGAGAUGUCAGUCAAACACAUCACCUUAGCAGAGUGGAGACUGCUCCAGGGGCAAGCCCGACCAAAGCCUCAGUUCAGCCUCAGGAAGGUCCACGGAGCCCUGCCCACCAACGCCGUGGUGAUUCACCAGUCCAAACACCACGCCGGUUCCACCCACAGUCAUCCUGGGCGGGAGAGCCACCUGCUCAACCAUCCCGCCCGGGACUUCCUCCCUCAGGGGGCCCAUGUUCUGGGCCCUGUCCCUGGUCCCAGAGCAGGGGCCAGGGUGCACAAGAGGAGGAAGAAGGGCCAGAGGUCUCUGGUUGUGUCUGGUUGUGUCCCUAUGACCCCAGCAGUGCUUGGAGGCUGGUGA